AUGACUGCACCUGCAUCUGCAAAUGCUGAAGUCUGGAUAAGUGCAGCUUCACCUCUCCUUGUGUACUCUCCAUCUAGAAAUGAUGUGAACUCCUGGAACCAAAUUGAUGGACAUGGUAGUCAAUACCAUGGAAGUGACAAAUUCACUGUAGGGCUUGAUUCAUUUUACUUCACCAAUAUCAGGUUCUUUUACACUUCCCCACCUUCUUAUCAGCUACAAAUAGGAUUAGAUGGAAAAUUACAAGCUGGAUCUCCUUCUACAGAAAGUACUGAUCUUACAUCAACAUUCGGAGCACAUUCUGCUAGAUUAGAGUGCAGUUGUACUGAUUGUGGGCCAGAAAAAUCAAAUAAUUUUGUAUUCAGUGGGAUUAUGGCACUGACACAGGUAGUAAAUAAAGGGACAGCAUUAAAUGCUACUCUGGAUGAUACUUCAUCUGAAAUCACCUAUUCUGGCUUUCAGUCCACUUCUGCAUCAAAAUCCACCAUCCAGGCUAUUCAAAAGGGUUCAUUCUACGGUAAGACCAUUAGCUAUACAUCUACUAGUGGAGCAGCAGCAUCGUUCUCUUUCCAAGGUUCUGCUAUCUACAUCUUUGGCAUGACAGGGCCAGAGUUUGGUGCUUUCAAUAUCAACAUAGAUUCAAUAGACUUUGGCAUAUACAAUGCCUCCACUACCCUCACAACAUAUGAUACUCUCUUGUUUUUCACUACUUAUCUUGACUCUGACCAAAAGCACCAGAUGAGCAUAACAAAUCAGAAUGAUGGGUUGUUGCUUGCUUUAGACUAUAUUGUUUACACUAAAUCAGAUAUUCAGGGCACUGCAACAAGUGCUCCAAGUGUAUCUACUGCUACUGCAGUUUUUCCUAGUCAGGGUUCUGUUGAAAUUCCAUCAAGAAACAGUGGAGAUAAUGCAGGGGCAGUAAUUGGUGGUAUAUUAGGCACAUUAGCAGGCUUGUUUGCCAUCUGGCUGUGGUGGAAAUACUAUCAGUGGAAAAAGGCUGGUGGGAUGGGCUCUUUUCUGGCAGCUUUAUGUGGAGGAUUCAAGAAAAAGAAAGAAGCCAAGAAAGAAGAGAAUAAAUUUCACCUGUGGCCAAUGGUCUGGGCUAGACCAAAGUACGCUACAUAA